AGCCCCUGAAGCCUCCCGCACACCCAGGGGCUCUGAGAAAGCAGCGCCUUUCCCAGGCUGUCCUUGGGAGGUGGCAAAGCUCUGUCCCUGCUGGAGCACUGCUGACCACUGUCACCAACCAAACAUGCAGAGGGCAUGAGAGCCCACAGGACCUGACUCAGUCAUCACUCAGAGGAAAGGAGAAGGCAAGAAAGGAAACAAAGCAGUUGAGAUCCACCAGCAGCUGCCACAGGGCAUCGGCUCCGGCACUGAGCUCCCAGAGAGGGCCAAAAGCACAAGUGAGUGGCAGUGCCACAUCUUUCCUAGACCAUGUCAUUCCCAGCACACAAGGCUGAACGUGUAAAGUGACUCUGCAAUGUUCUCCAAGGUCCCUGUAGAACAAGGGUCACUUUGGGAAGGGCUCUAGGCCUGCCUGGUCCAGGCUCACUCCAGGGAGCUUCGGAGCUGAUGAGAGCAGGACUGCUCCAUCCUUGCAGUGACACCAUGGAUCCAUGUUACAACCACACAAGCUCUCAAAAAAGCAUGGACCGCCCCAUGCAGCUGCUGGUCGGGUUCUUUCUGGGCAUCCUCAUCGUGAUCACUCUCUGUGGUAACAUCAUCGUGUGCCUGGCCGUCACCCUGGACCGGCGGCUGCGGAGCGUGACCAACCGCGUCAUCGUCUCCCUGGCCAUCACAGACCUGCUGCUGGGGCUGCUGGUGCUGCCCUUCUCUGCUUACUACGAGCUCACCAAGGAGUGGCCCUUUGGCAGGGUUCUGUGCAACAUCUACACCAGCCUGGACGUCAUGCUGUGCACGGCCUCCAUCCUCAACCUCCUCAUGAUCAGCCUGGACCGCUACUUCGCCAUCACCACCCCGCUCCGCUAUGGCCAGGUGGUCACUCCCUCCCGGGUGGCCGUGGGCUUGGCUGUCAUCUGGACUGUUUCACUGAUGGUCUCCUUCCUACCCAUCCACCUGGGCUGGAACACCAAGGGGACGGCGGUGCAGAACACAAGCACCACCUGCAGCAAGGAGUGCACGCUGGGAGUGAACCUUGAGUACGGGUUGGUGGACAGCUUGCUCACCUUCUACAUCCCUCUGGUCAUCAUGUGCAUCACCUACUACAGGAUACUCAGGAUAGCCAGGGAGCAAGCCAAGAGGAUAAACCACACGUGGGGCAACGCGCCCGUGUCCCCCAUGGUGAAGGAGCACAAAGCCACCAUGACGCUGGCAGUGGUGCUGGGAGCCUUCAUCGUCUGCUGGUUCCCCUACUUCACCCUCUUCACCUACCGGGGCGUGUCGGGGGACAGCCAGGUCAAAGGCACACUCAUGUCCAUUGUGCUCUGGCUGGGCUAUGCCAACUCAGCCCUGAACCCCAUCCUCUAUGGGACACUCAACAAGGAUUUCCGAGUGGCCUACCAGAACUUGCUGCACUGCUGCAGGACGGGAUACCCCAGGAACUCCCACCUGCCUCCCCUGCAGCAGGCCCAGCCCAGGGGCAGGCAGGGCCAGGGCAGGCAGGAGGGCAAACCCUUGAAGCUGGAGGUGAGGAAUGAGAAGGGGACUCUGCUCACUGAUGGAGCCCUCAAGAGGAUCCCUGCUCUGGCACAUGGCAACUCCAUCCCCAAACACUGCUGGAGAGGCCUCUGCCCACCCAGGUUCCUCCCAGGAGGGUGCUGGGUUAGAAGAGCCCUUGGAGGAGCUGCCAAAGAACAUCUGCCCAUCCUGUGGGCAGUGACACUUUCAGCAUGAAGAGAUGCCUGGGGAGCUGGGUCAGGAAGCAGUGCAUGCCUGGGCAGGGCUGGGAGUGCCCUCUUCAGAGCCCUGGCAGUGGCUCAGGCUGCAGGGGAAGGGGCUGUUGAGGUCGUGGUGCCAGACAGACCAGCUCAGGAUGGAGAAAGACAACAGGCACCACUUCCCUGGUGUCCUGGGAAUGUACCCACCCCUCAGAGGGGCAGGGCCCUGGCAGAUGGGGUGACAUGGCAGGAGGGCUCAAGCGAGGUGGAUGCUGGCAGCCACGAGUGCUGGAUGUCUGUGCACAGAACAUCCCAGGCCCUCAGCAUCCACCCUGGGGCAGGGCUGCUUCCCAUCCCUGGGGCUGUCCUUACAGCACACCCCCUGUCCCAGCCCUACUGCCAGCCAAAGAGAAGCCCUGGAGCCUGCUGGGGAGGUACUGAGCAGCCAGGGCUUGCCCCAGGCUCUGCCCUCCUGAGAAGCUCAACAUGAAGGCUCCCAAAAGAGAAGAUUUUGCACAGACUUGGGGCAGAAACAAUCAGUGGUAUAAAAAAAAAAAUCUAUUUAAGACAGAAAGAAAAUGAGAUGCUUGAUGAUUUCUGUGGGAGUACUUUGUCCUGGGAAGAGCCUCCCUGCCCUGCUCCAUCCUGCUGUCCCAUUCCCAACCUUCUGCUGCGACAGAGCCUGAACACACAGCACAAACACCCGAGACACAGGCACAGCUACCCUGGACAAGGCUGGCACCCCCCAGAGCACAUCUUGCCCUGUGGGAUCCCUCCCUGGUCCCUGAGCUGAUGGAGCAAGGACACUUUGCCAUCCCCAGGGGCAGGUUCAGAGCUCCCCCUGCUUGCUGUGGGCACAGAGCAGCCCCGAGCUCCGGCCACACUGAGCGUGUCACCCACUGUCACCACCCACGGCAGGGCUGGGCUCCCCGACCUGGCACAGGGCACCCCAAUUGUCACUACAGGACACUCAAGGUGAAGAAAAGGGAAAGUUUAUUUUCUAACUCCCACAUUUAUAGUUUUCCAAAAGUGACAGUGGAUUAGAGGGUGAAAGUGUCACCUCAUCCAUCAAUGAUGCUGGACAAACCAGCCAACAGUCCAUCAAAUUCCUCCUCCUCUAUAAUAGAAUGCAAAACAGUAAAUUAUUUACAGAAGGUGUGUGAGAAAGUUUGCUACAAGAAUGUGAACAUCAGAAGGCUCAGAAAACCUUAAAAAAUGAGGGUGCCACCCAAUCACUCCCCCAACUCCUCGACACCUCCCAAGCCACCCCAGCACUGGGUGUCACCAUCUGCCACUGGUACCUCCAUGGGUGUCACCCUCCACCACUCAUUAGGUGUUACAGAGAGCAAUUGGCUCCCAAAGAGUGAGGAAAGCUGAGAGAGGGGAGCAUUGCAGCCCCCCCAGCACAGCCAGAUCCCACCAAACAUCAGCAGGCCAGGAAACCUCCCCUGCACAGCAAUGCCCUGCCAGCCAGGGUCCCCUCAUGGUUCUCCCUCCUGUGGCCUUGGGGUGAGAAGUGAUGAAACUCCUGGGGUGAGCCCCCAGAGCAGAUGGAGAAAUUGCCUGAUCAGCAGCUCUGCAGAACAGCAGGAGCCGGGUCCCUGCACAGGAGGAGCUUUUCCCUUUUCCUCCCCAAACAAACCCGGCAGGAGCAGGCCAGGAGCAUCCACGCUGUGCUCCAGCUCCGGGAGGAACUGGCAAACACACACCCAAACCCCUGCCACCUAUGAUAACAAUUAGAGGCUUAUCUAAUUGCAAAAAUAAUUGCAAUUGAAGUGUUUAAUUACCAUACUAAGCAGGAAGAGCCGUUUCCUACUGUUCCAGUAGCACUCCCGAUCCAUCAAACAAGGUUUGGGGCUUGUUUGGGUGCUGGGCUUUUUGGGUUUUUUUCCUGGUUUUCUUUUUUUGAUUAUUAGAUUGCAGCCCCAGGGGAUGAAGAGAUUUGCUAAUUAGGGUCUUGGAGAACAGCUACCAAUUCACAAACACUUGCUUUUAAUUUCAAUACUAACGAGGCUGGAAGGGGGAGAAAGCCAAAAUGCAGAACAUCUGUGGCAGGGCUGGCUGCAGCAGGGCUGACACUGCUCAGGGACCAUCCCAGAGACCCCGGGAAUGGGCAGGGCUCCGUGCAAGCCCAGGCAGGUGGGAGCAGCUGCUCUGGGUCGCUGCUGUCGCCGCAGCCACCACACAAACCAAUCCCAGCAUCGAUCAUCUGUCUAAUCCCCCCAGGGACCAUCGGCUUUCUCAGUGAUGGGCUAAUCCUGGUCCUCAGGCAGCCGUUCCAUCCCCCGGGGGUGCAGCAGCAAGAAUUUCUCCAGGUGACAUUUGGUUUUGUUCUCCUCUAAACUGACAACAAAAGGGAAUUUAAUUCUCUCGCCAAGCAGCAAUUCUGAGAGGGAAGAGAAACUGCUUAGGAAGCUCCUAACCAACAUCUGCUCUCACAGAUAGGAAACAUCCCCUGCUAGCGUUGGGAGCACAGGCGGGGCUGGCUGCCAAGUGCACGGGGACAUCCCCAUCCCCCUGUCCCUGCAGGAGCUCCAGUGCCCCGAAUGUGGCACCAAAUCCUCACCUGGCUCCAGCAGCCACCCCAGGGACCCACAGAGCCUGCCUGGGCUUCUUCCACCAAACCUUUCCUGUCCUUGGCACAGCUCUGGGGAGGGUCCAAAAACCUGCAAAGAAGAGAAACAGGGAGGGAGAGAAGCACAGGGGAGGCAGGAGCAGCUGCAGGGCAUCCAAGCAUCCCAUCCCACAGGAGCACAGCUGAGAUGUGGUGGUUGCCACAGGCCGGAGGCAAAGGAGCGUUUUAUUUCUUUUAGAUAAAAGAGAAACAUCAGUAGAAUGAGAAAAAAAACUGUGUUGGGGUUGUUUUUUCCAGGCUGUCAUGUGAUUAAACACAGAGGGAACAGAAAGGUAGAGAACAGCCCCGAGCAGUGGAAAAUGAGAAACUUUGUGUUAGAAAUCUCAAGAUUGGAUUUUCUGAAAUAAAAUACAUUUUGGGGUCACUCACCCAACA